AUGCCUCCGGCGUGGUCGCUACUGCAACUUGUGUUUGUAGCAAGCUUUGUGGGCAUUCUUGCGCCUGCGCCGCCCACGCCCUGUCCACAAGGAUGCCUCUGCGUUGGAACCACCAUUCGCUGCAUGUUCCUCAAUUUCGACCGCGUUCCACGGGUUCCAGAGAACACGACGGUCCUUGACCUGCGCUUCAACAACAUACGACGCAUACCGGCCAAUGCAUUUCAGGACCUUCACCAACUAGACGCACUGCUGCUGGACAACAACCAGUUGCAGAUUAUUGAAAACCAGGCCUUCGAGGGACUCAGGAGUCUGAGACAUUUAUUUCUGUCCAAGAACAAUAUCAAACACCUGGAAGAUGACGCGUUUUCAGGAUUGCACCAGCUGGAACAAUUGCACCUCAACGACAACCGCAUACACACGGUGCAGAAAGGAGCCCUGCAGAACCUCAGGCAACUCAGGCGCCUGUGA